GGUUGGGAUGCCGUCAGUGCUCUUGUCCGAUGAUCAUACUCCCAGAUUGCCGGACAUUCGUCAUCAAACAUCCAAAUCUGUUCCUGACAUUGUAAAUUGUUCCAUGAUGAUGUUCCGAGAUGGAUGAAGUUUUAAUCCAACCUCUAUCGUGCGAGGACCCGCCACAGUACUAUAGUCUUCCCCGCACAGUUAUUGGGUCACUAUUAUGGAUCACCAUUAUCGGCGCCUAUGUUCCACAAAUCCGGCGUAUACGCAAGGAAGGCACCUUCGGAAUAUCGCCAUACUAUAUUCUCAAUCACGGCCUAUUUUCGACCACCACGCUGGGGCUACGCUUCAGUCAUAGCGUUUUCUAUGUGACCUACAAUUGCGUAGCUAGCGGCGAGCUUGUCGGAUGGAAAGGGUAUUCAGCAUCCCUCGACUUUCUUGCCGUGUUCGUGCAAUGGGCCUGCGCCAUGGUACUAUUCGUAACGUAUGUACGCCACCGGACGCCUGCUGUGUCACCAGAUCAGGCGCCCGCGCGUCGACUGUCAGAUUGGCAACCAGACGAUCCGCAUGAGCACAAGCUCACCUCGGACAGUAUGAGAAUGCUGCUUCUUGCAUACUCUGUCGUAAUUCUGCCCAUAUCAUUCUUGUUACUAAUCUUCAACGGCCACCCCUACUUCCAGCAGGAACGCGCUCACACAGUGCUCUACGUGAUCUUCUGGUCCGUAUGGAUUGCGUUCCUGUGCGCCAUGGACGCAUUCCUCGUUGCGUUCAAGUUCAUCAAGCAGUUAAAGACCAUCGGCCGUCUGAGGACUCGAGGCUCUCUGAGCGUCAUCUCGGUCUUUUUGUUGUCGGUUGUUCUCAUCUUGCUUGCUUUGACCCAAUUCUUUAGAUCGCGAGCCAACAUCUCCCUGCCACGACAACGUCACGUCAGCUUUGGACGCUUCCUACAGGUAUUCGGGUACGUUUACGGAUGCGUUAGUGUGGAUGUAAUGUACCUGGUCGCAGGUCUGGGAUAUUUGGUACUCUUUCAGCUGUGUCUUGUGUUCGACUGGAACUCUCUGUUUGGCACACGAUUUGGCAGAAUUCAGCUUGCAUGAGGGACGACAUGGGAUGAGGGCCCAUGUUACCCGCCUUGCCACUGCAACUUAUACAAGAGUCGUCAAAAUGUUAUAUCGGGUGGUAUAUGAGAAUACAUUAACGGCAGCCUCACUGUACAGCAUACUCAAACAGUCUACGAACUUUGGAUAUUAUCUUCCGGUGUGCGUGUCACUUACAUUCACAACUUUUUCCGUGGUGAAACCUUUAGUACUGGCGCAUUUAUCUACGCCUGGUACUUUCUCUUGCCAAGCUCAAAGCCAUGGCCGCCAGUAAGCGGAAUCUUUUCAAACCAGAUACGAAAAUCAGUUACCCUUCCACAAAGUGCAGCACCUCCUUUAGCCAACCUGUCAGUCCAC